AUAUCUCUUGUGCCAGAUCUUGCAGCGUCUCAAGUAUUUAAAGUAAGCCCAAAAAUGAUGUACUUCAGGUCCCAGCUAAGCUACGGCUGCGCCUUGGCACUCUUCAGCUUAAAUCUAUUGAUGCUGCAGCAGUCCAGCGCCGAACUGUCCGCAGUUCAAGGCGCUCCCAUUAGUAGCCUGUAUGAUAAUCUACUGCAGCGUGAAUAUGCCGGACCCAUUGUAUUUCCGAAUCAUCAGGUGGAGCGCAAGGCGCAGCGUUCGCCGUCCUUGCGCCUGCGUUUCGGACGCAGCGAUCCGGACAUGUUGAACAACAUUGUGGAGAAGCGUUGGUUCGGCGAUGUCAACCAGAAGCCCAUUAGAUCGCCCUCGUUGAGGCUGCGCUUCGGUCGCCGCAGCGAUCCCAACUUGCCCCAAAUGCGGCGCACCGCCUACGAUGAUCUUCUCGAGCGUGAGCUGACCCUCAACAACCAGCAGGUGAAUCAACCAGGUGCUGGCUAUGAUGCAGAGCUUUCGGAUGACUAUGAUGUCGCCUUCGAGCGCGCCGUGCGCAAGCCCCAGCGUUUGCGCUGGGGACGCAGCGUCAUGUCCAGCCCAAUGGAUCUUGGCAAUAAUCGUGUGGACAAGGAUCAGCAGCGGGAACGCACUCAACUGGAACGGGAGUGGCUGAAGUGGCAGGAGAUGACCCGCAUGCUGUUGGCGCUGCAGCAGCAGUAUGACAGCUCUGCCGGCGAGCUUGCUGGCGGCUCUGGCGAGGACACCGAUGAGGAUCAGGAUGAGGACAACUCGGAGUAUCAGUUCCAGCGCGAGGCACGCAAGCCCAUGCGCUUGCGUUGGGGCCGCAGCACUGGCAAGGCGCCAGCCGAGCAGAAGAUGCCGUUGGCUGCUGAGACUGCGUCCGUCGCGCCCAAGUCAGAGAAUUAAAUAAAAAAAAAAUUGCUUAAAUCUGAAAAAUGGAAAUGAACAAAAGGACAAAGAUAACUUACUGAUAACACAAAUUAGGCGGAAA